AUGUCGACGAUUACGCAUCCAAAGAUUCCUCCAGUCUCCAUGGAUUCCGUGCUCGAACAAAUUGGUAACACGCCAUUGGUCAAACUCAACAAAAUUCCAGAGAGCUUGGGUAUAGAAGCUACUGUUUAUGCAAAGCUUGAAUUCUUUAAUGCUGGAGGUAGUGUGAAGGAUAGAAUUGCUCUGCGAAUGAUUGAAGAAGCGGAACGUAAAGGAAGAAUAAAACCUGGAGAUACGUUGAUCGAGCCUACCAGUGGGAACACGGGGAUUGGGCUCGCAUUGGUAGCAGCUGUCAAAGGAUACAAGACAAUAAUCACCUUACCCGAAAAAAUGUCUCCAGAAAAGGUUGCAGUUCUACGAUCUCUUAAUGCAACCAUCAUUCGGACUCCUACACAGGCAGCAUUUGACUCGCCCGAGUCUCACAUAGGUGUCGCCAGGCGACUGCAGCAAGAGAUACCUAAUGCUCAUAUUUUGGACCAAUAUGGCAACGAGGAUAAUCCACUCGCUCAUGAAUACGGUACGGCAGAAGAAAUUUGGACACAAACUGAGGGAAAGAUCAAAGCUGUGGUAGCAGGAGCAGGCACAGGCGGUACCAUCACGGGGCUUGCCCGCGGGUUGCGCAAGUAUAACCAGGACAUAAAAGUCAUUGCUGCAGAUCCGUACGGCUCAAUUCUUGCCGUUCCAGAAAGCCUCAAUCAACAGUACGCAAAUGAAGCAUACAAAGUCGAGGGCAUAGGAUACGACUUUGUUCCUGAUGUCCUCGAUCAGAAGACAGUUGAUCAGUGGUACAAGACUGAUGACAAAGAGGCAUUCGCGUACGCAAGGCGACUAAUUGCUGAAGAGGGUUUGCUAGUUGGCGGCAGCAGUGGUAGUGCAGUUGCUGCAUUGGUCAAAAGUGCCAAAGACAACAGCUGGCACAAAGAAGAUGUAGUCGUGGUGAUCCUGCCCGAUAGCAUCAGGAGCUAUCUAAGCAAAUUUGUCGACGACGAUUGGCUGGCAGCUAAUGAUCUCUUGCCCCCUACGCCGCCACCUACCAAUCCCUCGUCUCCCGUACUUCCAGCUCAGCAUCGCCCGAAGUCUCAUUCGCAAUCGAAAGACAAGUCUCCAUUUGCCGACGCAACUAUCCGCAGUCUUCGUCUGAAGCCGGUAACAACAGUCACUGCCAACACAUCAUGCUCUGAGGCAAUAGAGACAAUGAGAGAUAAAAGUUUCGACCAGCUUCCAGUGCUCUCAUCGGGCGGCAACAGAAAGCGUUUGGUCGGCCUGGUGACAUUGGGGAAUCUUUUGAGUUGGAUAAGCCAGGGACGCGCAACGCCAAAAUCACCCGUCUCUCACGUAAUGUUCUCCUUUACCGAGAUUCCGGAGAUUAUGACCGAUCCGCGCGAUGUCGGCAUUGCCCCAGUUAGAGAUGGUGAUGCUACCUUGACGAAUGGCGAAGCAGACAACCAAGUCAAGAAACAGAAUCGCGAAUUUGUUGAGAUUACUUUGGAAACACCACUUCGGGCGUUGUCGAAAUUCUUCGAGUGGAAUAGUGCGGCCGUGGUAACGGAAAGGGAGGGCCAAGGAGAGGCAUCCUGGAUGAAGCCUGUAGCUGUUGUAACGAAGGUGGACUUACUUGUCUUUCUGUCCAAGAUAACGAAGAUGCAAGAGCCUUGA